UCACUGCGAGUGUCCCCCCACCCUAGCCAUGAUCAUUGAGAGUGAUAUAGCGAGGUAAUCGAGGUGUCAACGAGGCGAGGCACAGUCGUGGCCAGUGUUUUCGUUUGCGUUAAGCUCGCGUGACAUUCCUUCGUGCCCGAGACUGGUAUCUUGCGCGUGUGCUGUUCCCAUUUCGAAGAGGUUAUCGUCGACUCGGUUCGACAAUCCUCGCGCAAGGUCUCGCGAUCAACGCGACAGCUCGGCCAACUCGCGCGACUUUCCUUUCCGUGAUGUUUUGACACGCUCACGACUUCGUCUCCCUCUCUCUUUCCUUUUUCUGUCACCAUUUCCACUGCCGCAGGAUGCCGCGCGACUCCGUCCUUUCGUCGACGAAAGUGUGACCGUCCUCAGGACCUGCUAAAGAGUCCUGUCAACGCCGAGGAACACUAUUGACAGGUGAUAAUCCGCAGUUUGUUAUGCUGCACUCAUCGUUCUCUUCUUCCUCGCCGUCGUCGCCUCGUGAUAGAUUUUGCUGUGUCCAUUAAUGCCUAUUUAUUGUGUGUCUGUCUGCUAUAAUGUCUCGCUACAGUUUACUUCAAGCUUGCUGAAGAUAUCCAGUGAAAUUAGAGGAUAAUGUCUAAACUAUGACUUCUUUUGCAUGCGCUACAUUACCUAACUGCUCAAGAAAUAAUCUAAUGUAUAUGGAUGAUGAUGUGUAUGCUGUUAAACGACAGUGAGGUGAAUACGCUGUGAUGGGGUGGGUGAUAUCCACCACAACAUGGGUCGUCAUAUGGGGUUGCCUGAUGCGGGGCUUCAGUUUAGCUCCUCAGGCAUCUCCAAAACAAGUGCCGUGUGAUAAAACGAGAAAGGUCUUUAUGGACACAUGGGGCGUCAUCAGCGAUGGGCCCCUAGGCUCAAAUUACACUCAAGAUUCUCACUGCGAAUGGCUCAUUAAAGCUAACUACAGCGGUCAAUUUAUCACGUUAAUUUUUCGCACGAUGGGCACAGAGUGCAGUUAUGAUUAUGUGUUCGUUUACGAUGGAGAUUCUUUUCGUUCUCCGCUUCUGGGCAGCUUCAGUGGGAAAACGGAGCCGCAGCAAGUGACAUCAUCGUCUGGUUAUAUGUUAAUAUUGUUAUAUAGCGACACGAAUUACGUACUAGAUGGCUUUCAUGCGGAGUUUUCAGUCACAGACUGCCCAAAUAAUUGCACUCACCACGGAAAAUGCAUCAACAAUACGUGCUUUUGCGAAAACGAUUGGGGAGGUAAAGAUUGUUCCCGAGCUCUCUGUCCAAACAAUUGCAGCCACGUCGGUACUUGUGGGGUAAAAAGGUGCGAAUGCAACGAUGGAUACUCCGGACAAUCUUGCUCGUUGCAUAAAAGUCAUCCGGAAGGGAAUCGGUGGCACUGGCUUUCACAUUCAGAAAGUGGAUUAAAAGCACGGGCGGCUCACACCGCAGUCUAUGUUUACGAGACAGAUUCACUUUACGUUUUUGGAGGCUACGAUCUCAAUUGUAUACUCAGCGACUUGGAAGUAUACAAGUUCAACACAAGUCUAUGGGAAGAUGAAUAUGGAAAUGUGUUAGAAGGCGCCGCGUCUAUCGAAUAUCUGGAUCCCAUGUUGAUCGCUACCGAAUUAGAACGUAUGGGAUCCGGUGCUAAAGAAAUAUAUGGUAUACCAACGUCAUCCUUGAUCUGGAAGCUGCUUUAUAGUAUCAAAGAUAACAACACGUUCGGUCGGUUCGAUCGAACGAACGUGGACGGCGGUCACAGAGACUUCAGAUCCAAAGAUAAGGAAAACGAGAGGAGCAGAAGCACCAUUAGGAUUGAUAAGAAUGAUGAUUCUAGGAGGCAACAUGAACGAAUUAUAAGCCCGCGAUAUUUGUCGGCAAGAAGAUAUCGUAGAAACUUAGGAGACCUAUACAGGGAACGUCACUCUACAGACGUUCAGAAUGACGACGUGAAAUGGGAGGAGCAGCUCGUGGCAGGACCCGAGGAAGAGAAUAUCUUCAUGCAAAAGUUUAUGGAUCCGAAAUUAACCACGAGCGAGUCAAUGCAGGAGGAAGCUACAGAACCCACCAUCGACGAAUUGCCCAAACCAAGUCCCCGAUAUGGUCACGCUGCGUGUAAAUACCGAGAAGGCUUCGUGAUCUAUGGAGGAAAAGUGCAGGACGGUUCUUUGUCGAACGAAUUGUGGCAUUACAACGUGAACAAGCGCGUAUGGACUCUGCGCGCUAAAAAUUCUCCCUUCUAUCCGCCCAGACUCACGAGGCAUACUCUGACGUUAGCGGAUAAUUACAUCUAUCUAUUCGGAGGCAGCACCGUUGACGGUGAAUUCUCAUCAAGCCUCUAUAAAAUCAAAUUGCAUUUAUCGGAUCCCACGGCAACUACCGAAAGGUGGACAGAGGUACGACCGCGAGGCGGUAAGGAACUGGACGUGCGCGUAGUUGCUCACUCGACCGUUUAUCAUCGCGCCACUAAUUCCCUGCUCGUCUACGGAGGAGUGGUCGCCAGCGUUGCUCGCUUCAGCAAACUGUCGGACCGGAUGUUUGUUUUUCAGCUUGACAGAAAGGUCUGGUCUGAGAUUCAUUACCCAAGAGCGCACCUGCGAGACACAUAUGUGCCGAGAGAACGUGCAUUUCAUACGUGUAACAUCAUAGGAAAUUACCUGGUGGUAUUCGGCGGAUAUUCUCAUAGACAUAACAAAGAAGAGAUUUGUUACGAUAAUCAGAUGUAUCUUUAUCAUCUUGGUUGUCACGCUUGGGUGAGUCAUGAUGUGCUGGGCUUGAGUGAUAAAGACUCACGUUACCCCAAGCAGCAAGGAGUAUUUGCACACGCAGCGGACGUGCGUAACGGAAAUACCUUGUUGCUUGUCGGCGGAUAUCACGGCAAUGUAAACGCAGAUCUCCUUGCAUAUACUCUGCCGCCCAUGCUCGCACCAGGUGACGACGAUUAUAUUGAACCGGAACAAAUUUGUUCGAGGCACAAAAGUCUCAUGGAAUGUGCGGCGAAUCCCGAAUGCGGUUGGUGUUCCGCCGACGAAAUAUGCUACGGUCGAACGAUAGGCAGCAACUGCACGACGAAUCUGCAGACAACGCGCUGUCCGGGUGUCUGUCCCGCUUUGGGCGACUGUCACUCUUGUUUGAUACACGGUCAGCCUGGUGGCGGCUGGGGUACGAACUUUCGCGGCAAGAAAUCUGUGUCAAACAAGCUGAACUUAGGAACCUGUACGUGGUGCGUUCAAAACGCUCGCUGCCAUCAUAAGGACGACAAUUACGGCGUGUGCGGUCUACGAGACGAUACACCGUCACAGAUACCAGGCUGGUGGGGUCCAAAAGGCACCGAGAUUAUCAAGGUUGAAGAGUGCCGAGAGAUGGACAAGAGGCCGGGCUUGACGUUUCUCAAGUACAAACCGCCGGUGAACUUCAGUCAACCCGACUCGGUGACUAUAGUAAACGCGACUACGGUCGACUUCAACGUACCAUCCAUGCAAGGCGCGAAGACGGAAUCGGCCUUGGGCGGCGAGAUGAUUGCCAGGUUGACCGGCUUUCUCAGGCCGCCGCAGUAUUUCUGGGAUAGCGCGAUGGAACACUUGAAGAUCUGUGUCAGUUAUAACAGCGCGACGCUUCAUGUCUCGCGCAGUGAUGAUCCUAAUAAAUUGGAACUGGUCGCUAAUUUAACUGCAGAGACGUCGCAAUGUAUACCAACCAAAUGGCCAGACGAUCACCCUAUGGAGCUACAGCCAGGUCGCUAUUUAUUGGACUUCGAGUCAAAGAGGAUGGUGACUGCAAGUUACGCUUACGCAAGCAAGAUGGAAAUCACACACAACAAGAAGACAGAAAACCCAAAGGUAUUCACAUUCGAGUAUCUCGAGCCGUAUCAGAACGGUUCGUGCCAUCAGUACAGCAAUUGUCUGCACUGCCUGACCGACUCGUCGUGCGGCUGGUGCGACAUUACGAACCAGUGCUUGCCGCGCUCAGCCAACGAAACGGAGAGCUGCGCUACCGACGUAGAAUUGGACGAGACUGGCAAGGCGAUACGCGAAUGGCAUUACUUGACCAUCACGCCGUCUGCUUGCGCCAAUUGUUCUAACUACAUCUCCUGCGAAUCGUGUGUCGGUAGCAAUCUGUGCGAGUGGUGGACGGAGGAUGCGAGAUGCGCACGAAUUGGGCGGCUACCCAAUGCUGUGGUCAACCUGGAUCAAUGUCCAAUUCCUUGCCGACAACGUUCUAACUGUACUCAGUGUUUGGACGAGCGCGGUAGAUGCGUCUGGUGUGAAGCCACAAGAGAAUGUUUCUCUUUCUCUGUUUAUACGUCAGAGUAUCAGUUCGGUUUGUGCAGAGAAUGGAUGGACCAGGCGGGUUUGAUGGGCGUCACAUCGCGCUCCGGUUCGUCGUUGACCGGCAACGACCAGUGUAAGAGUUGCAGUCGGCACACCAACUGCUCCAGCUGUCUGCACUCGCUCAGCUGCGGCUGGUGCUACAGCUUAGAGAAUCCUAUCACCGGCGUGUGCGUGCAGGGUGAUUUCAAUCAGCCUCACGUCAAUUGCAGCUUGGUCAUCAAUGAGUAUCGGAACAGCAGUCUCAGAGCCGAUGAAUGCAGCUGGGCGUACGCGCAGUGUCCAGACGUGGACGAGUGCGAUCUCGGCCUACAUGAUUGUCACCCCGACGCGCUUUGCACCAAUACCCACGGCAGCUUCAGUUGUCAAUGCAAGCGCGGCUUCAACGGCGACGGCAAAGAGAACUGCACGAAAACUUGCUACGAGAGAUGUGUCAACGGAUAUUGUAGUGAGGCACCGGACUACAAGUGUGAAUGCAAUCUCGGUUGGACCGGACCAGACUGUCGGACCAACUGCGGCUGCUACAACCAUUCUACUUGUCUGCAGGGACCGGGCAUCUGCGAUGAAUGCCAGGACUGGACAACCGGACGCUACUGCGAAGAAUGCAAGGCAGGCAGCUAUGGCAACGCGACAACUCCAUUGGGUUGCCGCGAAUGCAACUGCAACGGACAUGGCGAUAUAGAACUCGACGUAUGCGACCGGCAGACUGGCGUGUGCUUCUGCCGCGACAACACUGAAGGUGGCAUUUGCCAGCGCUGCAAGCGAGGCUAUUACGGUGACCCGCGAGACGGCGGUAUGUGUUAUUAUGGCUGCAUGUCACGAGGCAUGUUAGGCGGCGUAGGUAACGGCAAACAGGGUCUUGGCAGUCGGCAUUCGCAGUCCUCGCUCUGGGGCAAUCACGUGGGCGACUCGCCAACGCGAGAGUGCCUCUGGAUCGUCAGUCCUGAAACUGAUCUUUCCUCGGACGCGACUAUACCUGCAGUUCAAAGCGUGAUACAAUUCACCAUCCAUGACGACAUCAACGUGAGUUGUCAAGAGAACAGCGUAUACGUGUACGACGGUUUACCAGAGUUUGUUUCCUCAUCCGGCGGUCAUCAGAGUCAACUGCUUGGUGUGUAUUGCACCGAAAGUACCGACUAUCCAGUGACGGUGGAAGCCAAAUCCGGCUUCUUGACGGUGCACUAUAAGCAACUGGACGAGGUGGAAGGCUUCAACGCGAGUUACGUGGUGAUGACGUGUAACAAUUGUCCGGGUAACCGUGAAUGUCGCAACAGCAAUUGCCUGUGCAAACCCGGCUUCUUCGGUAUCGAGUGUGACGUGGAAAUCUGCCCCGACAACUGUACCGCCUCCAAGAAACGCGGCGUCUGCGACAAGGGCUACGGCCGUUGCGUCUGUUCGCCAGGUUACGGCGGCCGCGACUGUUCCAUUCGGCUGGACGACCACCAGUUGAUUUUUACGGAGCUCUUCAACUCGGAAUAUCUGGCUGAUCAGUGGGAUCAUCUAAGAAACACGCUACCGCGCUUUGGACAUAGUCUGGUGGCCGAUCGUCGCGGUAGCCUUUGGAUGUUCGGCGGCUAUUCGCUCAGUCAUGGACCGUUGAACGACAUCAGGUUGUUCGACACGAAAAACAACACAUGGAUAUUGAUUACAGUAGACUCCACGUCGUCAGCCAUGUCGGCAAUGUCUAUGCCACAGGGUCGUUACUUUCAUGCCGCCGAGAUCGUGCACAGUAGACAGCAGAUAUACGUCUACGGUGGCCUGUCGAUGAAAGACGAAGACGUGCAAGGUCUGUCGAACAAUACCCUCAGUGACUUCUGGAAGUUCAGUCUGCAGAACCAACGAUGGAGUCAGAUCGUGCAGGAUGAAACGAAGAAAGAGCCGUUACCCUUGGCCGGUCAUACGCUGACUCUGCGUAGGGACGGAGAAUCGGAAACCCUGAUUCUAGUCGGCGGUUUCAGUCCCAAGUACGGAUACCUGGACACGGUUUGGGAGUUUAAUCUAGAAACAGAGACCUGGGACACGGUGAAUACUAUGGGAAACGGGCCACUGGGUGUUUAUGGUCACUCCACGGUGUAUCAUAGCAAGUCAGACAGCUUUUACGUUUUUGGUGGCUACACGUAUGCCAUAAACAGAACAUUCAUCUCGAACAAAUUGUAUGCUUUGGAUUACAAGACACGGACGUGGUCUGUUCUGCCACCAUUCGAGGAUGAUUUCACCGAAGGCAGCAGCUUGCCUCAAGCUAGGUUCCUGCAUUCCGCAGUUACGACGGAUGAAUAUAUGGUGAUAUUUGGCGGCCGACAAAAUCCUCACAAUACCUCGGACUCUUUAAUCGCGUAUAAGUACUCAUGUAAUCUGUGGAUACGUUUGAUAACGAAGGACAUGGAAACAAUCGGCAGUCCGCCUCCGCCGGCGUAUGCUCACGCGAUGACACACGCUGAUCCAGAAUCGAACGCCGUUUACGUCGUCGGUGGCUUCGAUGGUAGUAUCAAAAGCCAUGUCACGUUAAUUAACAUACCGGAGGACUUGUGCAAUCUCUGGACAGAUAAGAUCACCUGCAGAAAAUAUUUUGGCUGCUCGUUCUGCGCUGUUACUACUAUCACCGGCACUAACGCUUCCUUUUGUUUCUCAAACGAGGUAUCCAGCAACCGGGAUGAUAAAUGCGAUUUGAACGUCACUCAAGCGCAACGUUCCAACGGAAUCUUCUGUAAUUCGGAUUGGAUGACAGGCAGGAAGUGUCAGAACUUUAAAACUUGCACGGAAUGCCUGGCGGAGUGGCCGUAUUACAAGAACGACAAGCCGGUGUGUAAAUGGUGCACCAACUGCCCAUACGGCAAGUGCAUCCCGUCCGACAGGGACUGCGACGAGUUGAACAAGUGUAACGUCCGGCAGGUAUCGGUCACUAAUGUAAAUCAAUGCGGAGAACGAUUGUGCCCAGCGAGCGACUGCGAAAAGUGUAAUAAUAUUGGGGAUUGCGUGUGGACAAGGCAGGUUCUGAAGACCUCCGAAUUGGGGGUGAAGGUAACGGGUGAGCCCGUCUACGACUGGAACUGCGUGCCGGACGAUAUCUUCGAGCGAUCUAGCAUCAAGAUGAGCAGCACACAGUGCGAACGAAGAUGUGCUGAUCACAAGGACUGCAGAAGCUGCCUGAAAGGUACUGGAGCCGAAGGAGGAUGGAGCGAAUGUAGAUGGUCCACGCAGUUGAAUGAAUGCAUUUCUCCAUCAUAUCAGCCACUUUACUGCGCUGGCGGUGUCUGCGGUUUGGUAUUACGCAGCGCAGACAUGGACCAUUGCCCAGAACCAUGCUCAGUUUUCAUGCAGUGCAGCACUUGUCUGAAACAUUCACAUUGCGGCUGGUGCUCCUUGGAUUCCGCUAAUAUAACCGGUCAAGGAAUAUGCACAGAAGGCUCACUCGAAGCACCAACCGAUCAUCCUGCCGGUGGCACUUGCGAAAUGCUUUAUUAUCAACAUUUUCCGCAAACCGAAUCACCGAUUACAACAACGUUACACCCGCAUGUAGACUCUUUAGAGGAAGACAACGUCACAAUGUCGCUGUCUAACAUAACAAUGAAACCAGAGUUCUCAUGGCAUUAUGUACGUUGUCCUCCGGAAAAUGAAUGUAUAAAUGGACAUCAUACGUGUUCGCCGAACAGCGAGAAGUGUUUCGAUCAAGAAGAAGGUUUCGAAUGCAAGUGCGGAGAUGGAUAUAAGACCGAAACUACCUGGGUGAACGAAUUUGGCAGAAAUAUUUGCGUGCCUACAUGCACACAAGGCUGCGUGAGAGGCACUUGCGUGGAGCCCAAUGUGUGCCGCUGCGACUUUGGCUACGUAGGCGCUAACUGCUCCAUCCAGUGUCAGUGCAACGGUCACAGUAACUGCGCCGGUCCUGACAAACUCGACGUCUGUUUGGAAUGCCAUAAUAAUACAAUGGGCCCACAAUGCGAGAAGUGUUUACCUCUAUAUGUCGGUUAUCCUGCAGACAACGGUCAAUGCGUGCCGUGUCUCGAGUACUGCAACGGACACACUCGGAUUUGCAUUCACGACAGCAUGACUGUGCCUGACCCAAAUUCGGUGGACAAAAUGUCGAUAGAAUUGUUGAAGAAGCAACUGGUGGAAGGACCGGUGGCGAAAGCGAAGUGCGUCAACUGUGGCAACAACACGAAAGGCGACAAAUGCGGUGAAUGUAUGACUGGCUAUUUCCGGGGAACGGAGGAUCUUCGAGAUGUGUGCCGACCUUGCGAGUGCCACGGUCACGGCUUCACCUGCGAUCCUGUGACCGGCGAAAAGUGUAAUUGCGGCAACAACACAGAAAGCGAGUCGUCCUGCGUCAGUGGUCCCAUGAAAGGCACGAACACCGGCGGCAUGCCGUGCUGGAUGGUUCAAUGUAGCAAAUGCAGAGAAAACUACGCUGGUACGCCGACGAUGGGUCAUCAGUGUUACAAGACUGUCACGGUGGACAACAAAAUGUGCUUUGAUUCGAAAUUAAUAGCAUCUUACGAUGAAUGCAAGAUGAAGCCGAAGCCUCUGAACCCCGGUCAAACUGUCUUCUACAUGGUGCAGCCGCGUUUCAUGAACGUGGACAUCAGAGUCAUGGUGGAUGUUACUCAAGGCGCCUUGGAUCUGUUCUUGAGCCCUCGAGACGACUCUUUCGUAGUUACUUUGAAUUCUUCGACUGGUUAUCAAGAUGUUGAACUAGACAGCAGGUUUAGAUGGCGGCCCGAUCACCCCGAAGCGUGGCUAGAAGACGAGCAUAACAGCAAGAUUCGAAUCGUCGAGUUCCACCCACACAGUAAUUUUGGCGGCACAAACGCCACCACUACAGAGCCUACAUGGAAUACCGGGCCGCAGUACUAUGUGAUGGAACGUUACGCGGAGAACCUGGCCACUUACCUGACGAUCGAGAGACGCAACACGUUCUUGGUGAUACGCAAUUUAACGAAUCGGCUGGUAUUGACGUUACCGCAAGACAAGCACGAACUGGGCCAGACCAAAUUCCACAUUGCGCUCAGGGCGAUUGACACAGCGAAUCCGGAGCUGAACGGCCGCGCUGCUUACGGGAUGAUCUUCUUCAGGCAAGAUCAGCUGCACAUCGACCUGUUCGUCUUCUUCUCGUGCUUCUUCUCCUGCUUCUUCUUGUUCUUAGCGGCGUGCGUAGUCGCCUGGAAGACGAAGCAGGCGGCGGAUGUGCGGCGCGCCCGGCGCCGCCACGUCGUGGAGAUGUUGCACAUGGCGAAACGGCCGUUUGCGUCCGCGACGAUACUCUACGACCGGGACGGUGGUGAGUGCAGUCCAAGCUCGCCGCAGCGUAAGGGCAGGCGCUGCAAGUACAUCAACUUCCACAGCGACGUUCGUCCGGUCGCCGUCGAGCCUACUGAUGACGGCGUCGCGGCGGUGGCUACGGUGUUUAUCAGGCUACCGGGAGGUCGCCAAGCGCCCGUCAAGCUGGCCCUCGGCAGUUCGCUCAUACUGUUAACCCGAGUUUACCCGGUCAAUAGCAGAGUGUUCCUAAGACGUAGAAACAGCCACGCGUUGAACUGAGUCUGUGUCGUCACGGUGGAAUCUCGAUUUUGGCUGGUCUCGAGCUCCACGCCUCGUCCACCGGUCGCCGCGUCGAACAUGUCUACGACAUUGAGGAGGGUCACCGACUUUUGAUUGUGGAUUCACUUUAACACGUAGUUAUAGUAGUCAUUGCGCCUGGAGAUUAGCAAUGUUUUGAUUCGACGGAUAAUCUCCCUUCGAAGAUGUAGAAACGGUCGUACUUGUUGCAGCGUCGAAACGAUGCACGUAACGGACGAGAUGAACUCGAGGAAAAUAACAUAAACUUUCACGAGACGCAUAUUUUGCCAUCGGUGCAAGCAGCGAUCUUUGAACAUCUUAUAAGAUGUUUUUCUGAUUUUAUUUCAUUUCUUUAGAAAGUUUCUUUUCUUUUUUCUCUCUUUUAUUGAUCUCACGUCACACGCGCGUAUCAAUUGGCAACGGGCGUUAAUUCCGCAAGACGCAAUCGACUUUACAAAACAACUGGUUAAGUAUAAAGCUAAAGUAGUUAAUCUUGAUUCGAGUGUUUUGCAGAAUUAUAUCGUAUCCGUCAAUCCGAGGAUCUUCGUGAUUACAGAUCUACGGCGGAACCAUGACAUGGUUCUCAGAUCAUGGUAGAGUCAAAUAUAUCUAACUAUAUAAGAAUCCACGAGAAAAAUCCUAUGGACUCAGAUCAAUAGUACGGUAUCCGUCGAUCUGGAGAGAAGCACGUGUCGAAAGAUCUGUCAAGUUCUCAUAGCACUUGACAAUUCAUGAAUCUGUGCGCGCAACGCUCCGUUCGUGGAUUUUUGUGAAUCGAAUAAUUAUUUUUUCUUUUUUUUAUUAGAGCCCUAAUGUACAAUAGACGUUACGAGAGGAGCGAUCGUAAAAUUAUUUAAUCUAAAUAUAUAAUAUAUUGUGUCGUACCAUUCCAUGACGAGACUGUACGUUUGUAUAUAUACAACAAUCUGUAAUUAUGUAUUAAUUCGUACUUUAUACAUUUUUGUAGAAGCAUUUUUGCGAGGCGUGGUUUCGCGUCAUGGAACAUUCGUGGCUAUUCCCGAUGGAAAUGUGAAACCGAAUAUCGUGUGAUUCGUAUACCAGUUGAACGAGCAGUAUUAGAAUUGUUGAUUAGAGACGGAGCUUGAUGAUGCGUAUGUUAACAAGGUUCCUAUGCCAAAACCGAUUAGGAUGAGCGCGAAAGCGUCCUAUAAUUAAUUAUAUAUUAUUUAUCAUAAACGGGUAAACGCGUGGGGAGGACAGAAAGUUCGUGUUCUCGACGAAGGGAUGUAAAUACACACAGAAGUCGCAAACUUACGAGUUGCAAAUUUCGCAAACGUUUAUAAAACUGACGUUACUCGCGGUAUGUCGGUCGGAAGAUACUCUUUUGCUCGACAGACUAAACGCCCAGCUCAGCUUUCAACGAGACAGCUUUUUCAGUCAGAGAUAACGACUACGUAUUAAUCAAAACGUAUAACGUGAGUGUUGUAACCAUAUUGACGUUGACGUGUUUAAUAAUUAUUGUAAGAACCACGGAAAUGGUGUAACGUGAAGACAGUAUUGUUUUACAUGGGAAUCUAUGAGGUAAUGAAGAACGCAAACUUCUUGAACACCUCGAAGGGACUCGUGAGAACAGUGCAUGGUUCCUUCGUUACCUAUUCUCGCGCUUUGUUCACCACUGUAGAAUAAAGCCAGGGUUGGAGAAAGUUGCUUGUAACGUCGUUACAAAUUACUUUCCUAAGUAAUAAUUUAGUAAUGACGUUAUUACUUCUUUUUUAAUUAGUAAUAGUAACACAAUUACAUUUUUGGAAUAACGAUAACGAAUUUCUCGGGAAAAAAUGAUUAUAUACGACUUUAAUCUCUCUAUAUGGCAUUACAUAAUCAUAUGUAACUUUAUAUAUCCAUAUCGAGAAAAAUGCUAUUGUACAAACACAGUCGAGGUUAAUAUUUAUGUUUCUGGUGAUGAUAUCGAAUGUAAUAGGAUAAAAGUAUUUUUUUCUUUUUUAUUUAACAGAAUCUUUUUUGGUGUGGGUAUAUAUAUAGGGUGGCUCACAUAACUUUUAACAACUCGAUAUCUUAGAAACUAUUUCAUCGAUUUUAAUGAUUUAAGUCUUGAAUUGUAUGGAUCUGAAGGGCCUUCAAACUGGAAUGCAGGUUGAUUCCCCACCCUCUUGCGUGGGUGAAACGGAAGUUAACUUAAAAAUUUUUAAUGGAAAUACCUAUGAAAAAUUAUAUUCUUGGAAUUUUUUGGACAAAAACAACUUAGUUUUAUCUGAAACAUUUUUUGUCAGAUGCUUCUAUUAAAAAAUAUAACAGUUUGAAGUUUCGACUUCAAACUGUCAAGACGUAGAUUAAGCGACCAUUAGUUUUUAGCCAUCAGCUUUUCAGUAAUUGUUAUUUAUAAAUAAUUGUUAUUUAUAUCGUUUUAUUUAUAUCAAACUAGUUUCUUUAUUAAUAAUGGUACAAUAAAGAAAUUUAUAAUUCUUGGCAUACACAAGGAUUAAAAAGAAAAUUAGAAGAUACAAAUAAUGAAUUAAUUAUAAUUUUACAACGCAUUGACAUAGAAAUGCUACAAUUACUACAAAAAUUAAUUUGUUAUCCGAUGAAAUGUGUUAAAAGGAAGAAGUAAUCUUCAUAAAAAAUGAAACGAGUUCCUUAAAAACUUUAGUUAUAUAUUUUAAUAGAAAAACUAGAAAUUAAAACUUCAAACUGUCAUAUAUUUUAAUAGAAAAACUAGAAAUUAAAACUUCAAACCGUCAUAUAUUUUAAUAGAAGCAUCUAACAAAAAAAUGUUUCAGAUGAAAAAAGUUGUUUUUUCAUCCAAAGAAUUUAAAUAUAUAAUUUUUUAUAUGUAUUUUCAUUAAAAAUUUUUAAGUUAACAUUACAAGUAACUUGGACACUUCAAUAUUUUUAAAACAAUUUUGCAAUAUUCAAAGAAAUUAUUUCGUAAUAUUUUUGAAAUAUUUUUAAAAUAUUAAGCGAAAACGUUCAAGAGAUACACAUAAAAUCAAUAUUUCGAGAUGAAUCUAAUGUUUUUUUGUUUACCGGAUAAUUAUAUAUGAUUAUAUAUGUGACCGUAUAGAGACAAAUUCAUGUAUGGGUCAUAUGCAAUUAUACAUAAUUUAUAUAUAAUUAUCGUUAUCUUUUCUGCAUAUAUAGAAGACAUAUUUAUGUGGAAUAAGUAAAUUUUAAAAAGUACUCCUUUUCCAAUGAAUAACAAUAUCGAGUUACUUUUCAAAAGUAACUUUCUCAAUUCUGAAUAAAACGUAAAACUGUUUGUGUAGCAGGGAUGAAAGUAUAAGGCCUCUUUUAUGUGCGUUUUCCUGUUAUAUAACGUAUAAACGAGGUGUGCAUGUGUGGCUAGCCGGAGGAAUGCACGAGUGCUCCUCGACCAGGGAAAAAAAUGCUAUUCGUUGAUUAAUUAUUAAGCGGACACACAUCGAUAAUACGACGCGACCAAUCUGUUGAAUCUCAGAGCCUUUUCUUGUCACAUAAGUCUCGUCAUUGCGUGCAAUACAAAUGGAACUUUCGUUAUCUCACAGUCAGAUACCUGCGCAACUCUUACCUGUUCAUCGCGGUUCCUCUCUAUCUCUCUCUCUCUUUGCUUCUUUGAAAUACAUGCGAUCUAUAGAUCCAAGGAAUUACGGGAUUCAUGAAAUCACAAACGUCCGCGAGACGUUAAAACGCGAGGAGGAUCCAUUUCAAAUUCAGGAUUUUAUGUCACCUACGAUGUCAAUAAGCUAAGAUCUACAAAAAUGAGUAUUCAUGAAUUCACGAAUUCGCGGAUUGUGGAAUCUACAAAGUAGAUCUAUGAGAACAAACGAAAGAAAACACCUGGAUUUAUGGAUCUCAAGAUUUGUCACAGCCAAUUUUAUCUAUAUUUAAAAAUAUCCAACUAAGCACAGUUUCGAAUAUCUGUGGUGUUAAUGAGCUUCAAAGAUUCGUAGAUGUCUCGGUGUAUAUGUAAGAUCAUCUAAAAAAUUCCAACGAUCUAUAGAUCCUAAAUGUGCAAUAAUUCUUCUACUCUCGAUAUCACCCGCGGAACCUUUGAAGUUACACGGACGACGUGGUUCACGUUUCUCAAAGAUCUACGUGAAUUUCGAGCAGCUUCGUUCGCGCAGAAACUUCUUAAAGACGUCCGAAAGACGCCCUAUUUUGUUUUCAGACGUCCUUUAGAAGCUUCUCCUACUUGAAGUGUAAAUUCUGAGGAGCCGCAGCGGGUAGAAGAGAUUUAAUUGGGAGAUGAAGGAUUAAAAACGCAAUCGAUACUAUCCGCACGGCGUCGGAUAACGAGGAUCGGCACGAUCCUUAUUCGCGCAUGACCAAUCGCGUUGUCCUAAAUACUCAUCCGCGUGGUGCCGUGUAUAAGCAUAUGAACUAUUAAGUACACAGAAUUGACAGUAUAUGUACAUUUUACAUAGGUUUAUGCGCAUAUAUAGAGAGAUAUAUCAAAUACAUUAUAUUAUAUACAUAUACGCGAGUAUAUAAGUAUAAAUACGAGACGGUGAAUGUGUAUAAUUUCUCGGAUGUACAGAUCUGAACGUUAUUUCCGAAAUAUUCUAUUUUAUAUAUAAUUAUUACAUCGCGUCGUCGAUGGCAGAGAGCGAUAAUCUUCCAAUGCCGGCAUUGUAUCGCAUGGAAAGACAGAAAUCGGGUAACAGCACUGCGCAGUGUGAUCGAGAACGUGGCGCUUCGUAACAAGGAAGUACGUAAAGGUUGUGAAACACGAUAUAAAAAAUGAAAUUUAAAAAAAAGAAAAAGAAACAUUAAAAAGAUACGCGGCGUAUGUGUCGAACUCGCGACACGAAGGUACGGUCUCCCCUUCGAUCCGCGCCGCGCGAAGAAACGUAAGGUUGUGCAAACGAUGAUUAAUGAAUUGUAUUGCGGAAGCUUUAAUAAACAUACGUAAAACUGGAGUUCUCUCAGCCUCGAAACCGUAUUUUACGGCCCUUAGAUCAAGAUAAACCACAAUGAAAUACAGCUAUAAUACAAUUAAAAGUAAGAUAACGUGAACACAGAUGGAAUGCUGGUACAGAGAGAGGAGAUAAUCAGACAAUUAUAAUUAAAUCAUCUUUAUUCUCUCGUACGUCGAUUCAGUAAAAUCUCUCAAACUCAAUUUGUCUCUCAUAUACAUAGAAUUCUCUUUCGUAUGCUACUCCUACUCUCUCAGGACGUUCUUGGAACGUACCAUUCCGCGAUAGUUAUUUACACACUUAGUCUAACACACGCGUUCACGCAAUAUCAUCCAUACUCGUACGUGCACACACAUGUGUAUAUUCCGAGCAAUUUAAGAAACCAAUCUUCAUUAUUGUUCCCAGA